CACAUUCACUCCAUGCUACAUUGACUUGGGGGGGCUCAUUACCCUGUGGAUGUCCUACCAGCCAUCAUAAGGGAUUAUUAUGAACACUUUUGGGCAGCAGCCCAGUAACCCCCAUGCACAGGAUUUACUGGAUAUGGCAAUGUACUGUGAUCAUUUCAGCCUCUAUCACCAGCAGCAGAACCAGCAACUGCCUCAGCGACCAGCAGCUCCCCCAGCCACAGGCUAUGGACUCAACGAGUACUCAUCCCCCCCUUCCAGCCCAUACCUGUGGCUAAAUGGACCUGCCAUAAACUCCUCACCUUAUCUCAAUGGAGGCAGUGGUUCCCCUUACUUUCCAGCAGGGUAUGGGGGUGGCCAGAGGCAGUUCCUUCCACCUUCCUCUGGGUUUGGGGUGGCCGAUUUCCCUUGGCUUUCCAUUCCAAACCAAGCAGACUUGUUAAAGAUGGUGCGCCCCCCGUACUCGUACUCCUCCCUCAUUGCCAUGGCUAUCCAGAACACCCCAGACAAGAAGCUGACCCUCAGCCAGAUUUAUAACUAUGUGGCCGAAAACUUUCCCUUCUACAAGAAGAGCAAAGCCGGCUGGCAGAACUCAAUCCGCCACAAUUUGUCCCUUAAUGACUGCUUUAAGAAAGUGGCCAGGGAUGAUCAUGAUCCAGGAAAAGGAAAUUACUGGACACUGGAUCCCAACUGUGAGAAAAUGUUUGACAAUGGGAAUUUCAGAAGAAAGCGGAAAAGGAAAUCGGAGAGCGUCGGAGCAGGAUUCGAUGAGGACUCCAAUGAAGACAAGAAGCCGCUUGCCCUGAAAUCCUUGGGGUCAGACAGCCCUCAAGGAGCUUCAGUGCUUGAGCAGACCAGUUAUGACUCCGCUCCCGAGGGCAAGAGCAAGGCACCCGUGGGCUCAGCGGCCCAGGACAGCAGUCACUGUUUCACUAACUUUGCCUCCAACAUGAAUGCACUGAUCAAUAAUAGAACCCCCAGGCAGUUUACUGCUGGACGUGGAGACUUCUCAAACUCAAGACAUUAUUUAGCAGAACUGACUUCUUGCCCCAUUCCCAGCCCACAAAUCUCUGCACCCCAGACUGGUUCCAAAGUUCCCUGUUACCCCUCUAAGCAACAGAACAACCUUUGCACUUCUGUCAUGAAUCCCUUCGGCCUGAACCACUUGUACAGUCGAGAGGGGGAGGUCUGACACUGCUUUUUUUUGUUUUAUUGUGAUGUCAUUGGCUGCUCUAUGGGCGUUCAACCAAUGGGCUUUUAAUUUUUUUUUUUCUGCUUUUAACGAUGUAAGCAAUUUUUUUUUAUAUUAAUAUCCAUAUGCAAACUGGCCAUGAACUGUGUGCGCGGCUUUGGGUUAUUUGCAGCCAAUAUGGGUAUGACGAAGCACUCGCAGGGUUCAGUUGGGAGAUGUGCACAUGAAUUUUUAAAACUGUUUUACUAUGUAUAUAUUUUUUUUAGCAAUUAAUGCAAAAAUAUUGUCAGUUUGCCAUUGUUUCAACUGCUAAAUCUUUGGGGAGGGUGGAAUAAAACUUUUGACUGAC